CCACUCGUCAGUCAUUCGUUGAAUGACUCGUUCGUCGUUUCUUAUUUCACGUUCGUGAAUGUGCAUGCAGUUGUGCAGUGCGUACGCGGCGACCGGCGACUCGAGGACUUAAUCAGAGGGUCUGUCUGCGUUCGAACUUCAAAUUGCUUUUUGAGUUCGUUGCUCCGCCUUUUUCCGUUAUUAAGUUAUUUUAACGUAACUCAAGUUACUUGACGAGGACGUUUUUAGUUUGUCCACGACAGUCGCCGGGGUCGGUUGAUGAAGUUACGGCAAACUUUUUAAAUGUAUUCUCUAUCAACCGAGCAACGUUUCGACCUUUCUCGAGUUCAAAGUGCAAAGUACGUACGUCUAAACGUCUAAACGAGUGACCAAAAAUAUGGUGAAAUCAUCGGUCUAGGGUUGGAGGCUGUUCAACGGUUGGAAAAUUUCCGGCGUCAUGUUCAAAAAAAUGAAUCUAACCUCGCGGCACGUUGACUCGCGAUGAGCAAAAGCAGGAGGGAUAUUUUGCUGACGACGUCGUCUGCCAGUCAUAAUUAAUCCUCUUUCAUGAAAAAUCUCUGGCAAAGAUUCAGGGGGAAGAAAAGAAAUUCAUAAGUGACUGACAACGGCUUCUAGAUGGCAUUUGUUUCUAAGAGCUCUAUUAUCAAACGAGGAACUAAAACAAACGAAACGUCAUCCUAAAUUAGAAAAGAGCCGAUUGAGAUUUCGUUUCAUAAAAAGUAGUUUUACAUCUAGCCCAGGUCUGGAUGCCAAUAAGUUAUUGAGAUCGUCAAAAGUGAUGCCUGCAGGACAGGAGCACCAAAAAGCUUGACCGGCAGGAUUUUCAAUGAGAAUGUUAAAGAAUGCGGACGGUUGGAUAACAAGGAAUUGGAGUGGCUUAAUCGAGCCUGCUUAGCGAGCGAGCGAGCGUUGCGAUGUAGACGAACUUUUAAAGAGCUACAAUUCUUGGUGACGAUUGGCGAUUACGCUAACGUUGAAUCGGCAUAGUUGACGGUGCAGUAGAUUGUUAUACAUAUACACCUACAUGAAUUCGUUCAUUCGCUCUAACUUACAACCGUAGUCGCUACCGCAGCUGCUGUCCGUCCAUAGCGUAAUUAGGGUCACCGUAUACUCACUUGUCAGUAGUCAUCGUCAGCCAGCCAACCAACGGCGUCCAAGGUUCUUCAUGUUCCUUGAUUGAUAUCGUUCCGAGGAGUCUUAGAAUCAGACGCAACAGAGGAGGACCAAAAAUCUGUCAUUCUACCAUUCGAAACUUGCCAGAAAUUUUCAAUUCCAAGACUUCGUACUACAAAUAAGUGGAACGGUGCACGACUGCAGGGAUAAUCCUGGAGCUAUCAAAGUAAAAACUUGGCGCCUCGGCGCGUAAAGGAUAGGAGGAAAACUAACGAGUAAAAAUCGAAAGUAACAAGAGGAAGAAGUGGAACCAGCCUUAAAAAAAAAAACACGAAAAAAGGGGAAAGGGACGAAAAAACGUCAUAAAAAAGUGGGUGAAAGGAUAUCGCCGUGAGGAUGGGGGCGAUGUUUCGUAGCGAGGAGAUGGCCCUUUGCCAGCUGUUCAUUCAGCCGGAGGCCGCGUAUCUCUCUGUUUCAGAACUCGGUGAAACCGGAACCGUUCAGUUUCGUGAUUUGAAUGCCGACGUGAAUUCUUUCCAACGGAAGUUUGUAAAUGAAGUACGAAGAUGCGACGAGAUGGAAAGAAAAUUGCGAUACAUCGAGGCCGAGGUGAAGAAGGACAAUGUCCCGACCCAGGAUCAUCUUCUCGAGUUGCCACGGGCUCCGAACCCUCGUGAGAUCAUAGACCUCGAGGCUCAUCUGGACAAAACGGAGAACGAUAUCCUUGAGUUGAGCCAGAACGCCGUGAGCCUCAAGAGUAACUUCGUCGAACUCACCGAGCUACGCCAUGUCCUGGAAAAGACUCAAGUAUUUUUCACAGAGGACUCGUCUUUCCGGCAGGAAGAAGUCAACGAUUCGAUCACCAGAGCUCUGAUAAACGAAGAAACCGCCGUCCAAGCGGCCGGAGCCAGGGGACGCCUCGAGUUUGUCGCCGGUGUUAUCAACCGCGAGAGGGUGCCCGCCUUCGAGAGGAUGCUGUGGCGAAUCUCUCGAGGCAACGUCUUCCUACGACAAGCUGAGCUCGACAAGCCGCUGGAGGAUCCAAAUACCGGCAACGAGAUCUACAAAACAGUAUUCGUCGCUUUCUUUCAAGGUGAGCAGCUCAAGUCGCGCAUUAAGAAAGUGUGCAACGGGUUCCACGCCUCGCUGUAUCCGUGUCCCAAUAGCAGCAAAGAGCGUCAAGACAUGGUCGAGGGAGUUCGAACGCGACUCGAGGAUCUCAACUUGGUUUUGAAUCAAACUCAAGAUCACCGUCAACGCGUGCUGCACAAUGUCGCUAAGGAGCUGCCAAAUUGGAGCAUAAUGGUGCGGAAAAUGAAAGCGAUAUACCAUACUCUGAAUCUAUUCAAUAUGGAUGUGUCUAAGAAAUGCCUGAUCGGAGAAUGCUGGGUUCCAGUUGGGGAUCUUACUAUAGUUCAAAACUGUCUCACCGAAGGAUCGCGUCUUUGCGGUAGUUCGAUUCCGUCUUUCCUGAACGUAAUACACUCGGACGAGGACCCUCCGACCUUCAAUCGGACCAAUAAAUUCACCAGGGGAUUCCAAACCUUGAUCGAUGCUUACGGUGUUGCUUCGUACCGCGAGGCAAAUCCUGCCCUUUACACCAUUAUCACUUUUCCAUUUUUGUUCGCCGUCAUGUUUGGUGACGCUGGACACGGGUUUAUCUUGACACUGUUUGCGAUUUACAUGGUAGUUUGCGAAAAAAGUCUUACGGCUAAGAGGAUUGACAAUGAAAUCUGGAAUAUAUUCUUCGGCGGUCGAUACAUCAUACUUCUCAUGGGUUUUUUCUCUAUCUAUACCGGUAUGAUUUACAACGACAUAUUUUCAAAAUCCACCAACAUCUUUGGUUCGAGCUGGCAGAAUCCUUACAACUGGGAGCAGCUCCACGCGGCAGAGACCUACGAGUUGGCACCUGCGGAGACGUUUCAGAAAAGUCCUUACCCUCUAGGUCUAGAUCCGGCAUGGCAAAUGGCUGAAAAUAAAAUCAUCUUCUUGAAUUCUUACAAAAUGAAAUUGUCCAUUAUACUCGGCGUCGUACACAUGAUAUUCGGCGUCUGCUGCAGUAACAUAAAUUUCUUUCACCACAAGAAAUACGCUAGUAUAAUACUAGAGUUUCUACCUCAGCUGCUGUUCCUCUCGUUGCUCUUCUUCUACAUGGUGUUCCUUAUCGUAAUCAAGUGGGUGCUCUACUCGGCAACUAACGACGGUGCAAACGGAGCAGAAGGCGAUCUCCUGACAGGAAGUCGCUGCGCACCCUCUGUGCUGAUCACCUUCAUCAAUAUGAUGCUUCGUCAAAGCAGUAGUGACCUUGACCCGCGUUGCAGUCCUACCAUGUUCAAAGGUCAAGACACCGUAGAGCUUAUAUUCAUAUUAGGUGCCCUUCUUUGCAUCCCCGUAAUGCUCUUAGGCAAGCCGAUGCUCAUUCUUUUCAACAGAAGGAGGAAGAGUAAAUCCUAUCCAGUUGUGAGCAACGGAGUUCCUUCCCAGGACAUUGAGCUCCAGCCAGGUGGCGUUCCGAGUCCGUCGGGAGGAGGUGACCACGGCGGAGGUCACCACAGCAUGGAAAAUGAGGCUUUUAGCGAGAUAAUGAUCCACCAAGGUAUUCAUACGAUCGAAUACGUCCUCUCAACUGUCUCACAUACGGCGUCGUACCUCCGACUCUGGGCCCUAUCGCUCGCGCACGCCCAACUUUCGGAAGUCUUGUGGGAAAUGGUGUUGCAAAUGGGGCUGAAGGCUGAGCCAGGCAAUUAUGUUACAGCCGUCAUAUUGUUCUUUGCUUUUGGGGCGUGGUCGCUUUUCACCGUCGCGAUUCUGAUUAUGAUGGAAGGUUUAUCCGCCUUUCUUCACACGCUUCGUCUUCACUGGGUGGAAUUUAUGAGUAAAUUUUACACAGGAGACGGAUACAUCUUCCAACCCUUCUGCUUCAAGACUAUCUUCGACGCAGAAGACGCGGAAGAAUAAACGAAUUGAAGCAUAAACGUGAAACAGGGAUAGAAUUUUACCCUACUAAUUUCACGGCCUAUAUUUUUUCAUAGAAUUUUAUUUUUAAUCAUUACGAACCGAUGGCGUGUAGACGCAUGUUUUCAAACAGAAUGAUAUGAGCACAAGGAUAUAUCGUGAGACUCUAUUUUUACCAGUAGCAUAUCGCCGUUUUCAUCUAUUUGAAGAAACAAGAAAAAUUUUGAAUAAUUUUCCGAGCUUCCAGCUCUAAGAAAUGGGAACAAAAACCACUUGCCUUUUCAACGAGUUUUUAUGAAACAAAGUGCCUGAUUGCGCCUCGCAAAUAUUGUAUGCAUACAUGUCUAUAUAUAUAUAUAUAUAUAUAUAUAUAUUCAGUACCGAAUUUGUAUUGGUAGUGCUAGCUUGAACGGUCGGUUAAAUCUGAAAUUUUUCGAGCAAUAUUCUUCGAGUUCGUGAUUAUUUUCACCGUAACUUUUUGACCUCGAUUCCUUGCGCUGCAUAGCGAGGAAAUUGCCUUAGUGUCGACACUCCCAGCUUCUCUGUACUAAAAAAUAUCUCGCACAAUCGUUAACAUCGUCGCUCGUCGGUGUGACGAAAUUCAGGCAUUGUGCGUCUAUCUGAAAAUGAUAGAAAAAAAAAUAAAAAAAAAUAAUAAAAAAAAUAAAUAAAUAAAAACACUAAAAGAAAGAAUAAGCGAAAGAGAAACGGCGCUUUCAAGCGCACAACUAUCAUUAUACGCAACACGUGUAUUCAUUCCAAAUGUAAUUAAUAUUAAUAUUCGCAUACCCAACGGUUUGUAUAUUGUACAUAUGGACGUUCGAUGGAAAGAGUACAAAGCGUUUUCAAUAUUUUAAUAAAUUUAUCAAAGUAUUUUCUUUUUUCGUUUAAAUCAUGUGAGCUACCGUGCGGACUAGAUGAAAUUGCCGACUGGUAAAAACAAUCAAAUUGAACGUGAUCUAUUCUAUAGUAGUACCGCAGAUCAAUGUUACCUUAAUGUAUAUUAACGUGUCAUAAUUACAUUAUAUUAUCACAGCUA